CAAAUCACGACACCCAUGUCCCAUACUGACGAGGCUGAAGUUCAUACAGUGAACUUAGCCGCUCUAGUGUCGACCUGUAGCCUCUAUGGUGUUUUAAAACUUUUUAUAGUCUUGGCAGUUCCUCCUGUCGGGGUGGAGUCUGUCAAACGGAACUACCUGAUGGAAUAACGGAUAGGCGGUGUUAGAAACGAGGAGUGAUCGGGACUGUAUAUAAAUCUAGCAAGUAAAAUCCGAAAAAGAGACUUAACGAUCUGUCGAUGAGACGUGUCAGCUACUCCGCAUGGCAGCACUGCCGGAGGGUGAAGGGCACCGCGCCCACUGGCUCGUGAGUGCCGCUUCUGCGAACAACCAGGUGCUGACACGAAGCACGCCUGGACUGCUCAAGAAAUCGCUGCAGAAUGGAUUUGCGAAAGUGCUGCAGAUACUCAUUGUUGGACUUUUUGUUGACGCUGUUUGGGAUCGGCGCCUUUCUGUUCGACAUCGGCACGGAUCUGUGGGCUGCGGCCGAAUUCUACCUUGUUGGUGACUACUACUGGUUCGGGACGGUGCUUUUCCUAACGUUUACCUCCUCUCUGGUGGUGCAGUUGUUCAGCUGGUUCUGGUUUCAAUACGAUAGUCAACUGGAAAACUUCUCUGAAGUAGCAGCAAAUGAGGGACUGUUCUGGAGACGCGGAAUAUUGAGGCUGCUCCAUUUCUUCCAUUUGGGCUUCCUUUUUAGGUACCUAACAGUGAUGGUGCAGGGUUUCCUAGUGUGGUGGAGAGAAAGAAAGGAAUCUGGAUACAUCGUUUACCUCACACAUGACCUCAGUAUGCUCAGACUGUUCGAAACCUUCACUGAGAGCACUCCUCAACUUGUCUUCAUUCUGUACACCAUCAUCAGCAGGAACAAGGUAGAAGUCUAUCAGUAUGUCAGCAUCACUGCCAGUUUUCUCUCAGUCGCAUGGAUGGUGCUGGAUUAUCACCGCUCACUUCGCUCUUUCUUACCAGAGAAAAACAAUCUGGGCUGCAUUUCAUCUCUUGUUUACUUUCUGUGGAACUUGCUCCUCAUCACCUCAAGGAUUGUUGCUGUUGCAGUCUUCACGUCUGUUUUACCCCCUUAUGUUGGUCUGCACUUCCUUCUACUUUGGGCAUCCUUGCUGUUUUGGGCUGGGAUUCAGAAAACUGAUUUCAUGGAUAGUCCAGCUGGAGAGUGGCUUUACAGAGCCAUGGUGGCGCUCAUACUGUACUUCAGCUGGUUUAACGUGGCUAAGGGUCGGACUCUUGGCAGAAGCGUUAUUUACCACACUUUCAUUGCUGUGGACAGUGGGAUUCUUUUGGUCACAUGGUGGUUUUACAGAGACCCUACUUCUACUGAUGCCUACGUAAUGCCAGUCAUGGUGAUUUUGCCUUUCCUGUACCUGAUGGGGAUAAUGUUUAAGGUGUUGUAUUACUGGAAAUUUCACCCCCCAGUCUGGGAUCCAGUUACAGAAGCUGAACAGGAUGUCAUCGAUGACCUUAUAGGAUUUAGAUCACUUCCUGCAACUGAAAUACCACAGACUAUGAUAAACAAAAGAAUGUACACUCUUGCCAAUAAAUUUUUCUUUUCAUCGCAGAAGCCACAACAUCAUAGAGUAAAUGGAUCAAGCUCAAACACUACCGUAUAAUGCCAGCAUUUAAUGGUCUGGAAUAUUUGCCAGCAUCCUUGCAAGCUAUCAUCUGAUGAGGAAGAAAAUGCUUUCAAAUGCCAUCUGCCAGUUACUAAUCUACUUCAGCAGCUCCUAGGAAACACCAAAGAGAUGACCUCACUUCUUAUUCUCUAAAGCAAUGUUUGUCAACCUUUUUAGAGUCAUGACAUAUAUAAGUGCCUUAAUAACCCACCAAAGACCAACGGCCGGGGGGGGGGGGGGGGGGUUGUCCAAAUUGUCAAAGCUGGAGGGGGACCAAGCAUGAUUGUCGGAAUGGAGAACUGCCUCAACCCACCGUAAUCCACUUCCAAUAUAAAAAAUUGCAGCUCUCGACCCGCCAUUGAGUUGAGAAACACUGCUUUUAAGCAUUAAUGUUAAAGACCUCCUAACUGUAUAUCAGCCAUCCUAAAAGUCUACCGUUCAUAGACCAAAUGAAUCUUUAAAAGGUGACCACUUGCACUUUGUUUUUCUUAAAAUUAUGUUAUUCUGUUUCCGACCUCCUAUACUUCGAUAUUGUAUGUGCCUCCCUUUGGAAUUCCAUGAGCCGUGCAAAUACAGCGUGUGCUCGCAUCCCGGUGUUGAUGGUAACGCUAACGCCUCAGUACAUAUAUUUGUUAGUUACUGUGAUGUUAUAAAACCUGAAUCAGAACUUUAUUUAGUCUUAGUAUGACUUUUAAAGCACCAAUGACAGCACAUGAAAGUAGGGGCUAUGGGUAGUGCCUCUGUUAGUGACUUAUUGCUAUGCAAUGACACCUUAAUAAAUGCAUUGUGUUAAAUAGCAAUACGUGAUUAUUAGAAUCACCACAGCAAUUCCUUAAAGCUUCAAGGUGUUACUGUUUGUCUUGGGUGAGUUAAUGUGGUCCACCUCAGCACCACACUGGAACAGUAUGAGGUUUUUUAUGGUUGCCGAAGUGUCAAUCCUGCCAGCAACCUCUCCUGGCUAUCCCUGUACAUUAGAGGACCUUCUUGCUGGGCUGGAUGCAAAUUAACGUCAUAACCAGGAAAAGGCAAUUGCAGGAUAAGGGCCUUACUUCAGGGCCAAACAGAGUAGAGUCACAUCUGGCAUUUACGGGGUUCGACCUGGCAACCUUGCUGGUGCAGAUCCCUAACCUCAGAGGCACCACUCCAACCCUGGAUGGCUAUAAAUUUGUCACAUUAUCAGAAAGGUUAAACGUAGUGAUCUUGAAUUUAUCCUUUCAGUUACAACUGAAAUGGAAGGACCUAAACCUUUUUCAGUAAUUUUAUUAAAUGAAAUUACCAUAUAUACUCGAAUAUAAACCGAGUUCUUCAGCGCCCAAAAUGUGCUGAAAAACGUCACCCUCGGGUUAUAUUCGAGUCAGGUCCUGCUGUCCCGUAUACGAACAAGCCAGUUUCUUUUUCGGUUUGUGUGUGCCGAUAGUUUCCGCACGUGUUCAGUCUCUCCCUCUGCAUUCCCUGUGCAGCGAGCGAGCGAAAGAGAGACCAUAUUGUUCUUGUUGACCCUCUUCUCCACUUACAGAGCUAGUUUACUGUUUUUCUUUAAAAUAAAUACUCAAAAACAUUUAACCUACUGAUGCUUCAAUUAAUGUACGGUAAUUUAAUUGGUAUUUAUUUUGAUUAUUGAAACUUACCAGUAGCUGCUGCAUUUCCCACCCUAGGCUUAUACUCGAGUAUAUACGGUAAUGUAAAAUCAAAAUUCCAAAAUUUCCAAGUUCAAAACAAAGAACUGAAUUAAAUAAAUAAUAAUUACAACAGAACUGCCUACUAAGUCAGAAGCGACCACAAUCCAAAAUUAAAAAUCCUAAAUAACAAAAAAUAAAUUAAAAGUCGUUAAAAAAAAAGAAGUAUCAAAGGGACACUGUUGCACAAAUCAAACAAAUGCUAGCACAGAGUGGCUGAGGUAGCAAGUGGCUUACAGUAUACAAGACUGUUAGGUAACUGAAUUAAAUGCAGCAUCUCAAAGUCCUAAUUGAGAAAGGCCUGGUUAAGAGAGCAGGGAUAAAAAAAGGGCAACACAAAACAAAACAUAGACAGACGCACAGCAAGGAAGCAUGGCAAAAAUGACAGAAACAAAGAAAAAUGUUAUUUAAAAAAAAAAAAAAAAAAACAGAGCCGCGAUCCAAACAAGCAGUAGUGCUCGUAUCUACACUCCAAAUACCCUGAAAACGUGGGGGGAAAAAGAAAACCUUAGAAAAACUCUCAAUCUAGUCAGAAAGUAUUCAGACCCCUUCACUUUCUGCACUCUUUAAAUUGUAUUGUAGAUUUACUUUCUGACUGUCCUUCAGUAACCCGGCCACAGCUCACACUUAGUGCAUAGAACAUCUGUGGAGGGACCAGAGGACGGCAGUGUACAGACACUUCCCAUCCAAUCUAAUGAAGCUUGAGCGGAAUCUGCCAAAAUGAGUAGGACAAACUGCUCAGAUGCAGGUGUGCAAAGCAUGUAGAGACUAACCAAGAAGACUGAAAGUUGCAACUGCUGCCAAAGGGGCUUCUACAAAGUACUGAAUUAAGGGUCUGAAUACUUAUGUUAGUGAUAGAUUUUUAGAAGCUGAUUUUUAAUAAAUUUGCAAACCUUUCUAAAAACAUGUUUUUGUCAUUAUGGGUUAUUAAGUGUAGAUUGAUGGGCAAAAAUAUUGUUUAUUCAUUUCAAAUUAAAUCCACAACAUAAACUGAGCAGAAAGUGACAGGGUCUGAAUACUUUUUGAAUCUAUUAUAAUUCUGUUUCGAGUGCCUUUCCUAUCUAUAUACACACAAUCUGUGACUGUAACCAAGGAAGAUGACAUACAUUCUACCGAAAAGCAGCUUCUACCGCACCACUAAAUCUGUUGCAGCAACCGUUUAUCUUUAGUGAAUGACAUGCACUGUAAUUUUAAAAACCAUUAAGCUGCAAAGUAGGUAAUCUUUUGCUGCUACAGUCUUCUUAAAAUUUUCAGUUAAAUUAUAGACGUUCCUUGUAGUCAUUACUUUAAUUACUAGUUAAUUUCUGCAUUAAAUGUACUUGUGGUAUAAUGUAUUUCCUAUACAAUUUAUUUGUGCAUUUAUAAAUGCCAAGCAGUGUGAGGUGGGGUUUCUUCAAACUUAGGCAGUUUAUUUCAGGUAUUUUAUAUAAUGUUAAGUGGUCAUUUCUGAUUACCUUUCACUGUGGAAAUUAGCAGAAUGUAGGCAUCUCCUCAUCAGAAAUCAACUAAUUUAAGGCCUCAAACUAAAAAGGCCAACCCUUGUUGUUCAAAAGGAAAACCAUAAAAAUACAAACCAGUAUAUAUUUGGAUCUCACACCAUAUACAGUAUUUUAGUCUGUUAAAGGAACACCCCACCCAAAAGUAAUGUUUCGUGAUAUUUUACUUACCCUGUGUAGUUUGUCGGAAAAAGAUUUAAUCUCAUGUUUUCCCUCUGAACGAGAGGGAAACGUUUAGGAUACAGUAAUCCCUCCUCCAUCGCGGGGAUUGCGUUCCAGAGCCACCCGCGAAAUAAAAUCCGCGAAGUAGAAACCAUAUGUUUAUAUGGUUAUUUUUAUAUUGUCAUGCUUGGGUCACAGAUUUGCGCAGAAACACAGGAGGUUGUAGAGAGACAGGAACGUUAUUCAAACACUGCAAACAAACAUUUGUCUCUUUUUCAAAAGUUUAAACUGUGCUCCAUGACAAGACAGAGAUGACAGUUCCGUCUCACAAUUAAAAGAAUGCAAACAUAUCUUCCUCUUCAAAGGAGUGCGCAUCAGGAGCAGAUCAUGUCACAGAGAUAGAGAAAAGCAAACAAAUCAAUAGGGCUGUUUGGCUUUUAAGUAUGCGAAGCACCGCGGCACAAAGCUGUUGAAGGCGGCAGCUCACACCCCCUCCGUCAGGAGCAGGGAGAGAGAGAGAGAGAGACAGAGUUUGUUUUUCAAUCAAAAAUCAAUACGUGCCCUUCGAGCUUUUAAGUAUGCAAAGCACCGUGCAGCAUGUCGUUUCAGGAAGCAGCUGCACAAAAGACAGCAACGUGAAGAUAAUCUUUCAGCACUUUUAGACGAGAGUCCGUAUCGUCUAGGUGUGCGAACAGCCCCCCUGCUCAAUCCCCCUACAUCAGGAUCAGAGAAAGUCAGCGCAAGAGAGAGAGAAAAGUAAGCUGGGUAGCUUCUCAGCCAUGUGCCAAUAGCGUCCCUUGUAUGAAAUCAACUGGGCAAACCAACUGAGAAAGCAUGUACCAGAAAUGAAAAGACCCAUUGUCCGCAGAAAUCCGCGAACCAGCAAAAAAUCCGCGAUAUAUAUUUAAAUAUGCUUACAUAUAAAAUCCGCGAUGGAGUGAAGCCGCGAAAGGCGAAGCGCGAUAUAGCGAGGGAUUACUGUAUAAUGAAAAAUAAUGGCGACCUAUGCUGUACAGCAGAAAAUGAUGUGAAAAACAUCCAUGGAAAAAAGGAAAAAACUUUUCACAUUACUUGUGUUGAAUAAUGCAGGUGUCCAUUAUUCAGUCAUCUGCUCAACAUGCACAAAACAAAUGCAUGGUUUGCUAAAAUAUUAUUAACACUUACUGUACUUCAGGAAAAAGCAGCGUAUGUCGUAGGUAGAAAAACGCAUUCCCAUAAUUCUGUGCUUUUGAACUGAAGACAGGGCUCUUGACUAAUGAAUGAAUUCAAAAACAUGGAAUUAUGGGAAUGCGCCAUCUUGUUAAUGAUGUGUGCUGGUUUUUCUGGAAGUAACUGUUAAUAUUCUAGAGAAAAAAUGAAUGCAAAUGUAUAACAAACAUGUGAAUUAUGCAGCAUGAUUAAUGGUAGAAGUUUUUCUUUAUUCCAGGGGUGGUUUUUCACGUUGUUUGCUGUUGUAUGGCAAAUGUCACCAUUAUUGUCCACUAUAUCAUAAACUUGUUUUUUUUCUCAUGUUCUGCAUGAAGACAUGAGAUUAAAGUAUUUUUGGUCAUCACUACAAAGUACAUGAGGUAAACAACUUAUAAAAAAAAAUAUACACAAAUAUACAUGUAUUAUUUUUGGGGGGAGUAUUCCUUUGGCUGCAAACAAGACAACAAAUUAUACUAAUAAUUUCUUGAACUAGAUGCUGUCUGAAGUAACUGCAUGCUGUCGUGCCAAAGCAACUGAGAUUAUCUACCAGCACUGCUGUGUGUGUGUGUGUGUGUGUGCGUGUGUGUGUGUGCGAAGCCCCCAUACAGGCGCUUCAUGUAGCAAUUAGAUGGCAAUGGAGAACUUUAAUCAGUUUUGCGAUACAAGAGCUGUAAAAAGCAGAAUGUAAAGUUGGAUUUAAAAAUGUGAAUUGAGCCUAUGAGGAUGAGAGACGAGUUAAGUAAAGGACAGAAAGCUGAUUAUGUUAAAAAUACAGUAAAUUAAAAAGGAGGUGAAAAGAAAAUCAGGAACAAGUCAGAAUUAUGGCUGAUUAUGGCAAACAUAUAAAUAAAAGUGGAGGCCCGGUGAUUGUCUUCAUGAAAACAUUUUAAAAAAAGCAAAAUCACAAGUUAAACUGAAACUAGCUUGAUGUAGGAAGUGGAGACUCGAUGAGAGCACUUCGUAAAAUGAUUUUGGGAGGCCUGCUUAGACUAGAAGGCUAAUGUUGUUUAAAAGAAGACGUAAUGUUAAAACUGAAUUUACAUUUAAAAAAAAAAAAAAAAAAAAAAAAGUUUACAAGGUGUAAUAUGGACUGCACUUAUCGCAACAUUUCAUCAUAGCAUUGAAAAAUAAAAAAAGAGGUUUGUAAAGGCUAUUAAUUAUACAAGUGGUGUAUGAAAACAUAUGGGUAGAUUUAUGCUGAAAUAUAUAUUAUAUAUAUAUGUAUAAUUUAUUAUGCAGAAUUGGUUUUCAGCUGUGUGUAUAUAUAAAGUAGUGCAUUGUAUUUGAUUGUUAGAAGAGGUUUUAAAAAUGCGCUUAUUUUAACACAAUACCUCAUGCAAUCUUAUUUGAUCCAAGAGGCAGGAUUAUAAUAUGUAAUUUAUUUUCAGCAUAUAUUUUAUUGUUGUUCAUUUUAUGUUAUGUUAUGUACAUUGGUUGUCAUCUUAUUUUAUGUAAUAUGAGGCAUAAAAAACAUGUACAGUUCUGUAAAAAUCUUUUUAAAUAUUUGUAUUUUAAUACAACACUAUGGCAACAAGGCUGCUGGAAGGUUUGCUAGUGGUUACUCAACUAAACAGUUGUAACUGAAGGCCUCCUCCUUUGUAGUGAAUUAUUUAUAUUUUAAAUAGAUAGCAAAGGUUCAUGUUACAUACCAAGUACCAAAAUGCAUUCUGGGGAAGCUUAUUAGUUGCCGGGUACAAUUAGAUCAUGUACAGUGAGUUACCUAAGAGGAGGAAAUGUGUGGUCUUUGAUAAAGAGAAAAAAGUAACCCAUUACUGUUACAAUUGUCAUAUGCAGAGAAAGCCGUCAGUCAGACUGUACAAUGAAACUCUUACUCUGCAUGCUCUGCCGACCACACGCUACACAAAUUAAACACAAAACAUUACAGUUAACCCUUCCAAUAGUCAACAGACAAUAGAUAAAGAAAACACAAUAAAUACCAACAUGCAAUGCAAACAUAUAUAGUGCAAAUAUUAUUAUGUAAAUAUAUAAAUCAGAUAGGGAGACAAGCAUAUAAUCCAAAAAAAUAAACCAGCAUGUAAUACAGAUAAUUAUAAUUCAAAAGGUGAACAGAGUACUGAAAUUACUAGCUGGACUGAUGUGCCAACAAAGUCAUAUUGUGAGGAGAAGACGUAAUGGACGGGAAUCAUCCACAAGUCUAGCUGCCUGUGGAUAUAAACUGUCAUGUCAUCUUGUAGCCCCUGAUUUCACACUCCUCACACUCAAGGCUUACACCUUCUCGGUUUGGUUUAUGUGGCCAUGGAGCUCUGAUCUGAAUAAGAUCAAAGAACAUGAAUGUACAAACAAACAAAGGAAUGAAUUGGACUUUAAACAAUUGAAACAAAGCUUAAAAUUAAUGUCAGUGCUGUUUUUAAACAAGUGUAACUUAUACGGGCAUGCAAAUAAAAACAUACAAUAAUUACAUGUGGUUAUAGGUGUGUGUGUGUGUGUGUGUGAGAGAACUGUUCUCUUUGAAAAUGCAUUGGCAGAAACUUUUAAAAUUGUGCCUUCCAAGACAACCAUCUACAUUUACCAAAAAUAAAAAAAAAUAAA